UCCCCCCUCCCCCCCCAAGCGCCGCUCCGGCUGCAUCGCGCUCACACCGAGCUCCGGGCCCCCGCAGCGCUAGCGCCGCCGCCGCCGCUCCCUCCUUCCGCCGCCAUGAUUAUCUACCGGGACCUCAUCAGCCAUGAUGAGAUGUUCUCCGACAUUUACAAGAUCCGGGAGAUCGCGAACGGGCUGUGCCUGGAGGUGGAGGGGAAGAUGGUCAGUAGGACAGAGGGUACCAUUGAUGAUUCACUCAUUGGUGGAAAUGCCUCUGCUGAAGGUCCUGAGGGUGAAGGAACAGAUGCCACUGUAAUCACUGGAGUUGAUAUAGUUAUAAACCAUCAUCUGCAAGAAACUAGCUUCACAAAAGAAUCCUACAAAAAGUACAUCAAAGACUACAUGAAAUCAAUCAAAGGCAGACUUGAAGAACAGAAGCCAGAUAGAGUAAAACCUUUUAUGACGGGAGCUACAGAACAAAUCAAACAUAUCCUUGCUAAUUUUAAUAACUAUCAGUUCUUCAUAGGUGAAAACAUGAAUCCAGAUGGCAUGGUGGCUCUCUUGGAUUUCCGUGAGGAUGGUGUGACCCCAUAUAUGAUUUUCUUUAAGGAUGGUUUAGAAAUGGAGAAAUGUUAACAAAUUCAGCUGAUUACUUUGGAUCACCUGUCAUCAUAACUGGCUGCUGCUUUUUGUCAUCUACACAACACCAGGACUUGGACAAAUUUGGACUGAUAUCAUCUUGAGCUUUAUUCAUUUAUUUUUGACCUGAUUUAUUUGGAGUGGAGGCAUUGUUUUUAAAAACAUGUCAUGUAGGUUGUCUAAAAUAAAACGCAUUUAAACCCACUUGAGAGAAUUCCUCUUGGUCUAAUGUUUUUUAAACUCAAAUUACAGUAACUUGUACCUCAAGGAUCAUUGUAGAGAUCAUUACUGGUCUUAGGUUACUUUUCAGCAUAUGACUCUUCAGAUAGACUUUUCUACAGUUGACUGCUUUGUGAAACUGGAAUCUAAAUUCUGUGUGCUAGUUAAACCUGAGUUGAAUAAGGGAAGAGAUGCCCACAAAUGUGCCAACAAUGCGAAGUGGACCUUUCUACAUUUUCAUUUCAUCUACAAGCUGAAGUAGAGUUAACUCUGGAAGAGAUUACAUCCAAACUGAAUAAAGUGAAACCAUGUAAAACCAUUGGAA